GUGGAGCCGCAAGCCACCGGCAUCUUGCUUUUCCUUCCCCCUCCCCCUGUGUGCCCCGCGCCGCUCCUUCUUUCCCUUUUAUUCCCGGCCCCACCCGCCAAAAUGAACAGCUCGGACGAGGAGAAGCAGCUGCAGCUGAUCACCAGUCUGAAGGAGCAAGCAAUAGGCGAAUAUGAAGACCUUAGAGCAGAGAACCAGAAAACAAAGGAGAAGUGUGACAAAAUUAGGCAAGAACGAGAUGAAGCUGUUAAAAAACUGGAAGAAUUUCAGAAAAUUUCUCACAUGGUCAUAGAGGAAGUUAAUUUCAUGCAGAACCAUCUUGAAAUAGAGAAGACUUGUCGAGAAAGUGCUGAAGCUUUGGCAACAAAGCUGAAUAAAGAAAAUAAAACAUUGAAAAGAAUCAGCAUGUUGUACAUGGCCAAGCUGGGGCCAGAUGUAAUAACUGAAGAGAUAAACAUUGAUGAUGAAGAUUCAACUACAGACACAGAUGGUGCUGCCGAGACUUGUGUCUCAGUACAGUGUCAGAAGCAAAUUAAAGAACUUCGAGAUCAAAUUGUAUCCGUUCAGGAGGAAAAGAAGAUAUUAGCCAUUGAGCUGGAAAAUCUCAAGAGCAAACUCGUAGAAGUAAUUGAAGAAGUAAAUAAAGUUAAACAAGAAAAGGCUGUUUUAAAUUCAGAAGUUCUUGAACAGAGAAAAGUCUUAGAAAAAUGCAAUAGAGUGUCCAUGUUAGCUGUAGAAGAGUAUGAGGAGAUGCAAGUAAACCUGGAGCUGGAGAAGGACCUUCGAAAGAAAGCGGAGUCAUUUGCACAAGAGAUGUUCAUUGAGCAAAACAAGCUAAAGAGGCAAAGCCACCUUCUGCUGCAGAACUCCGUCCCUGAUCAGCAGCUUUUGAAAGCUUUAGAUGAAAAUGCAAAACUCACCCAGCUCCUUGAAGAAGAGAGAAUUCAGCAUCAACAAAAGGUCAAAGAAUUAGAAGAGCAACUAGAAAAUGAAACACUCCACAAAGAAAUACACAACCUUAAACAGCAACUGGAGCUUCUAGAAGAAGAUAAAAAGGAAUUGGAAUUGAAAUAUCAGAAUUCCGAAGAGAAAGCCAGAAAUUUAAAGCACUCUGUUGAUGAACUCCAGAAACGAGUGAACCAGUCUGAGAAUUCAGUACCUCCACCACCUCCUCCUCCACCACCACUUCCCCCUCCACCUCCCAAUCCUAUCCGAUCCCUCAUGUCCAUGAUCAGGAAACGAUCCCACCCCAGUGGCAGUGGUGCUAAGAAAGAAAAGGCAACUCAACCAGAAGCAACUGAAGAAGUCACAGAUCUAAAGAGGCAAGCAGUUGAAGAGAUGAUGGAUAGAAUUAAAAAGGGAGUUCAUCUUAGACCCGUUAAUCAGACAGUCAGACCGAAGACAAAGCCAGAAUCUUCUAAAGGCUGCGAAAGUGCAGUGGAUGAACUAAAAGGAAUACUGGGGACACUUAACAAAUCCACUAGUUCAAGAAGCUUAAAAUCCCUUGACCCUGAAAACAGUGAAACUGAGUUAGAAAGGAUUUUGCGUCGCAGAAAGGUGACAGCAGAAGCAGAUAGCAGUAGUCCAACUGGGAUAUUAGCAACCUCAGAGUCCAAAUCCAUGCCAGUGUUGGGUUCUGUAUCCAGUGUAACAAAAACAGCCUUGAACAAGAAAACUCUGGAGGCAGAAUUCAACAGCCCGUCCCCCCCAACACCUGAGCCAGGUGAAGGGCCCCGUAAAUUGGAAGGAUGCACAAGUUCCAAGGUUACGUUUCAAUAAUCUGAAUCAGAAAAUACUGCAACUCCUUCUUCCUUUUGUCUGCCUUUUGUUCUCCAAAAGUAAGUGGAAAUUACAUUUCCAAGAAAGGAAAUGAAAUAAUUGCAGGCCCAAGGUCUGCAAAAUGUGUGUUGAAUUGACAGUGAAAAGGAUCCAUGUGUUGACAGACACAGUUGUUAGAUGCCAUAAAGGCGGAUGUGAAGCUCAAUUUAUUUCUCAUCUUGCUUGUUCAAUGACUGCUUAAGAGACACAUUCCAAUUUAAUUUAUCUACUUAAAGCUCUAAUACAAAUACUGUGGACUGCUGUAUUAACUUUUAAACUUUGUAACCUAAUGCUUGAUUAUUUGGUUCUUGACAUUCUUUAGCUAAAUAAAAUAACUGAUGCUGUGUAUUUUCAUAUUGACAGUAAUUUAUCAAAUAAGAGCACCUUUCUGGAAAAAUCUGUUUCUUAAGUAUAAUUAGACUAUCCAGAUUGAAUCUGAGAAUUCUGUGUAUGUAUAGGGUAAUUAUUUACCCAGACAGGCACACUUCAUUCGUUUAUGUUUAAACCUUUUAAUGACUAAAAGAAGUUUAAUUUAAUGUAGUUACAUGUAAGCUUUAACAGUCUGUAUCAUUUGUCAGAAUCCCCUGAAACUGGCCUAGCUUCCAGGGAUGAGAAGGGUUAUUUUCAGUGCUGUUUCUGGCUGGCUUUGACUAAUAAGUACUCUAUUGUACUAACCACAUUGUCUUACUUUAUAGAUUUGGCCUGUCAAAGCACUUUGAAGUCGGGUCAGCAAUUAAUAAGUAAAAUAUUUCCUUUGCUUCUAAAAACUGUCUUUGCAUUCUAGUAGUUACACUUCUGUUUCGAUCUGUGGCAACACCACCGUUAGUGUUUCAGGUGAGUGGCGCUAUUGGCUUUUGACCUGAAUCAAGGUCAAGGGAGGAUGCCAAUGACACUCGGCUCUAAUACAGACAUUACUGCCCCAACAUAUGUAUGCAUGUGCGCGCGCUCUCUCUCUCUCACACACACACACACCAGCCCCAGCCACUGUAACUUCCCUUCCCCCUCCUCUUUGGCCUCUUUGUCCCAGUACCACUUCACUCUAGGCCCUUUGCUGCCUGUCGUGGUCUUCUCUAAGAGCUGCAUGCCUUACUCCCUCGCCUCCGUGGAUGUGUUGCUCAAAUGUUAUCUUCUUAAUGAGGCCUACCCUGGCCACCUUAUUCAAAAUUGUAACUCCUCUUCCCUUAAGCUCUGAUUCCCCCUUAUCCUAUGUCAUUUCUCCCUAGAGCAGUUAUCACCUUCUAACUUACUAUAUACUUUAUUUAUUAUAUUUAUUGUUUUAUUUUUUCUCUCCCCCACUGGAAUGUAAGCUCCAUGAGGGUAAGAAUUUUUUCCUGUUUUGUCUAUUGGUGUGUCUUACACACAUGGAACGAUUCCUGCCAUAUGGUAGGCUUUCAAUAAAUUCUUUUUGAAUAAAUGAAUGAAUGAGCACAUUUUCAGUAUGAAUAAAACAGUAGAAUAUCAACUACAAUACUCAAUCAGCAUUCUCCCAUUAUUCGACAGUCACAUAGGCACAUGAGCUUGAUAUUAGAGGUUUUUGUUGGUUGGUUGUUUGAUUGAAUUAUUUGGUUUUAACACAUUUUUUUAAAUGCCUGGAAACCGUUUAUAUUCAGCUCAGUCUUGCAUAUCUUUUUUGCCAUUGUACCUACUCCAAAUUAAGUUACCAGAGACAACAGAAUACCCAGUUGUAAAAGAAAGAUUCAGCUGUGCUCACUUGAUUGGCCUCAGAUGGGACAGGAAAGUUUUGAAAACUGCCAAGAAAUGUUUUAAGUGUGUAAAGGUAGAGACAAAGAUGUUUUCUGCGUAAGAUCUUCACUUAACCAGAAAAUUAAAUAACCUCACACUAUACCUAGAAAGUUUUUUUUCUUUUAAUAAAUUCCUAAAAUCAACAUAUGUAUAGAUUCCAUAUAAUUGAGUAACUCCUCUCUGGUAAAUUAUAAAGUCAAAGAUAUACUGAUUUAUUUCCUAGGGUCCUAUAAGAAGGCAAGAAACACUUUUAAUGCUUAAUUAUAAGGAUUAAUUAAAAUAAAUGUUCUUGUCACCAAGAUACGCAAAGCAAGGGUUUUUUUUGUUUU